AUGGAAGAAUUACUUGCCAAACACCGCAAGGAGAAGCGAGACCUCCAAGCAAGGAUCACGCAGAAAAAGAAGAACGCGACCAAGAAGACCAGAAAGGGAGUGAAUGACGAAUGUGAAAGACUCGAGCGCGAACUGGCUGAGAGGCAGCAGGCCGAGAUCCAGGAGUUGGAACCCAAAGAUCCCAAUGUACCACAGGAGGCGCUGGAGAAUCUCGAUCUCGGUGAUCAGCCAGGGAAAGAAAUCAACGGCGAGCCAGAACAUGAACCGGAAGAACCGCUUCCACAAGUCGACACUGAAGAACCAACGCCGGCGGACCAGUCGCGACAGCGAAAGCCAAACCGGCAAAAAGCAAGACUGGCACGUCGAGCGGCCGAACAAGAGGCACAGGCAGCGGCCGCGGCCCUUGAGGCAGAGAACCUUCCCGAUCUCCGUGAGCAAGAACUCGCCGGCAUGAAGGAACAGAUGGGCAAACUAGGCUUGGCAGAAACGCUCAUCCGGCCUGACGGCCACUGUCUCUUCUCCGCCUGCGCACACAGCAUGCCUCCCGACCUUCUUGCUGCAACGUCCGACGGGAACAAAAAGGAGCCGUAUGAAAAGGUUAGAUACGCAGCAGCGGAAUUCAUGGCUCGACACCCCGAAGACUUCGAGGCGUUUAUGGAGGAGCCGUUGAAUGCUUAUGUGGGCAAGAUCAGGGAUACAGCAGAAUGGGGCGGCGAGUUGGAACUGCAGGCCAUUGCGCGAUCGUACAAUGUUGAGAUCAACGUGCUCCAAGCGAGUGGGCGGGUGGAAAGAAUCUCCUCCCAGGACGGCUCGAACAACGACGCCAUCUGGUUGGCAUAUUAUCGACACAGCUUCGGGCUCGGUGAGCAUUACAAUGCAUUGAAGAAAGUGGACAAAAGUUGA